GCCCGCUCCAUUGGCUUUUCCACCCCUUCCUGCACAAAGGGCUGCGGCGCUCGCUCUGAGCAGCACAGCCCUCUUCCUCUUUUCCUCCUCCCCUUCCUCCCUGCGGACAGGAUGGGGUGGUGGCUGCUGGGUGUGGGGCUGCUGCUCUGCGUGCUGCUUUGCUUCACCCUACGCAGCCCCGCACCGCCGCUCGCCCUGCCCGCGCUGCACGGCCGCACCGCCAUCGUCACCGGGGGAAGCAGUGGUAUCGGGGAGGCUGUGGCACGGGAGCUGGCACGGUGCGGGGCACGCGUGGUGCUGGCAACGCGCAACGCGCUGCGGGGAGAAGAGGCUGCAUGGCGCAUCCGUAGGGACACGGGGAACCCUGAGGUGCUCUUCAUGCCUCUGGACCUCAGCAGCUUCCACUCAGUGCACGCUUUCGCCACCGCCUUCCUGCAGCAGGAGCCCCACCUGCACCUCCUCAUCAACAACGCCGGUGAGCAGCAGAGCACUGCAUCACCCCCAAAACCCAGCACCCCAAACCCAGCACCCACACCACGCACUGCCCACACAGGAGUGAGCGCCGGGGGCACGACGCAGGACGGUUUCAGCCUGCCAUUCCAGGUGAACCAUCUGGGCCACUUCCUGCUGACCCAACUGCUGCUGCACCGCCUGCAGAGCAGCGCCCCGAGCCGUGUGGUCAUCGUCGCCUCCUCUGCACACUGUGCCGGCCGCCUGCGCAUGGCCGAGCUCGGCCACCCACCCCCCGGCCCCUUUGCUGCCUUCCAGGAUUACUGUGACAGCAAGCUGGCCAACGUGCUGCACGCCCGGCAGCUGGCAGCACGCCUGCAGGGGACUGGAGUCACCGCCUAUGCCGUGCACCCAGGUUUUGUCAACACACAGCUGUUCCGUCACGCACCACUAUGGCUGCAGCUGCUGUGGACUCCGCUGUCUCGGUUCUGCUUCCGCAGUGCAGCUGAAGGCGCACGCCCAGUGCUGUUCUGUGCCACUCAGGAUGGCCUCGAGCCCUUCAGCGGCUGCUACUUCGCCGACUGCCGCCCCCUGCAGCCCUGGGCUCAGGGCAGGGAUGAUGCUGCAGCACGAGAGCUGUGGGACCGCAGCCAGAGGCUGCUGGGGCUGCGGCCCUCCUUGUGCACACCUGCGGAAUAAAUAAGUCCUGCAGUUGUGUUGCACUGCGUCAUGCAGCUCCCCAAGCUGCCCCCGUGCAAUGCGUGCCAUUUUCUGCAUGCCAUCCCAUGCUGAGCAGCUUUGCAAAGAGUGCAGUUGCUUCAGUGCAGCAUGCUCUGCCCUGCACAGAUGUGCUGCUGCAGCUCGCAGUCUUGCAAACACACAUGCUGUGCAAACCCUGCCUUGUCAGUGCAUGCAUAUGCAUAUAGCCCUGCAUAUGCACACAAAUGCUGCAGCGUGAAUGCGCUCUGCUUUGCACAGUGCAACAAAUCACACUGUAGCGUGCACGCUGCACCAUGCACUGCAUUGCACACGUGCAACAAAGCAUGCUGUACUGCGCACACACUACAAUGCACACACAUGCAUAUGCUGCACUGCACAUGCCCUACCUUGCACACACACUACACACAUUACAUUGCAUGUGUCCUGCCUUGUGCAUGCACACAGCCUUGCACACACAGCACAGUGCCUGCACUGCACUGCACGUGCCCUGCCUCGCACACACUGCACUGCGCAUGCAUGCAUGACACGUGCCGAACUGCACACGCUGCAUUGCAUGCAGCCUCACACAUUAAGGAACACACUGCUGUGCACUGGCCAUCCCCAGCAUGGAACACCCUCCCCUUGCAUUGCAUUGCAUUGCAUUGCAUUCCACACCCUCCCCUUGCAUUGCAUUGCAUUGCAUUGCAUUCCACGCCCUCCCCUUGCAUUGCAUUGCAUUGCUUUCCACGUCCUCCCCUUACGUUGCAUUGCAUUACAUUACACUGCACACCCUCCCCUUGCAUUGCAUUGCAUUGCUUUCCACGUCCUCCCCUUACAUUGCAUUGCAUUGCAUUGCACUGCACACCCUCCCCUUGCAUCGCUUUGCAUUGCAUUGCAUUGCACUGCACACCCUCCCCUUGCAUUGCAUCGCAUCGCAUCGCAUUGCACACGCUCUGCACCGCGCGCACCGCCGCCGCCCCGCAGCGCUCCGCACACUGCGCACGCGCCGCG